AUGGAUCCUGCAGACGACUAUUUGCCGGCCAUCGACGAUCUGAAACCAGAGACUUUCCACGAUGACAACGCUGGCGCCGCGGAGGGCUUGGACGAUUCGAUCGAGACGACGAAUCCUGGCAAGGCUGUAUGGCUGAUUGCGUGCACGGUGUCCAUGGGCGGAUUUCUCUUUGGGUACGACACAGGCGUAAUAUCCGCAGUCCUUGUUAGCCUUGGAACCGACCUCGGCCAAGCUCUGUCCUCUAAUGAUCAGGAACUCAUCACCUCCAUAACUUCAGGGGGUGCAUUGAUCGGCGCUGUUCUGGCUGGCAUGACUUCAGACAAGUAUGGACGGAAAUUAGCAAUCUAUGUGGGCUGUGCGGUCUUCUUCGUGGGAACCGCCUUGCAAGCCACGGCGUUCUCACUGGCCCAGAUAGUGGUUGGUCGACUGGUGGUUGGUUUUGGAGUGGGUGAAGCGGCAAUGAUCGUUCCCUUGUAUAUCGGAGAGAUGGCGCCUGCUAGAUUCCGUGGUCGACUGAUUGUGUUCGAUAACAUUUGUGUGACCUUUGGCCAGCUCAUUGCUUAUGCCCUCGGGGCCGCGUUCACUGACGUACAUCAAGGCUGGCGAUACACAAUUGCCAUUGGUGCUGUUCCUGCUAUUGCUCUGGCGGCUACAAUGCCCUUGUGCCCAGAAACACCUCGCCAGCUGAUUUCCCAUGGCCGUGACGAUGAAGCCAAGAGAGUAAUCAGAAAGAUCUUUCCUCAAGCCACGGAACAGCAAGUGGUCAACAAAAUCAGGGUGGUUCGGCAUUCUAUUGAAGAGGUUGCUGCCUCCGUAUCAGACAAGAGCCUAUGGUGGCAGAUGAAACAGCUCUUCACUGUAGGCGCUAACCUGCGAGCCCUGGCCACCGCCUGCUCUAUCAUGGCUGGGGGAUUCAACACGCUGAUGUACUAUUCCGCCACACUGUUCUCCCUGGUUGGCUUCAACCAGGCCACGGCCGUCUCCAUCGUCGUUGGAGCGACGAACUUUGUGUUUGGAUUUCCAAACUUCGCCUUCAUCGACCGCUUUGGAAGACGAUCAAUGCUUUUGAUCACCGUGUUGGGAAUGUCCCUCUCCCUGGUUGUCGUUGCCAUCGCCUUCCAUUGGAUUCCUGUUAAUUCGGAUCUGAGCGUCACGGGGCCGCACGAGAUGACCUGGGCAAGUAUCCUUCUUCUUGUCGCACUGAUUGUCUACAUUGCAUUCUAUUCGGCCGGCGUCGCACCUAUUUCCUGGGUGGGCACUGAAUUUCUCCCCUUAGAAGUGCGUGCACUUGGCACAAUGCUGAACACCGUGACCUGCUGGGGUUGUAAUAUCAUCAUCUCAUCGACAUUUCUGUCCAUGAUGAAGGCUAUGACCCCCAGCGGAGUGUUUGCGUUCUAUGCGGGUAUUUGUUUUCUCGGGUGGCUCUUCGUCAUCUUCUGCUAUGCGGAGGUGCACAAUAUGCCUCUGGAGUCGGUGCGGGAAAUUUACACCCAUGGCUUCGGGGUGAAACACGCCAAACGAUUGCAGAGGGAGCUCCGAGAGGCGAGAGCGAACGAGCAAAGUGCCCCAUAG